AUGACGCAUUCACAUGUUUAAGUCGAUAGCGGUUGAAAAGCGGAUUCAAGUUUGAUCAAAUAUACGAACAGUUGCGCAUUACGGAAACUUAAAACAAAAGAAACAAAACAUGCGGUGUUUACUCUGUUGCAAAUAUACUCGGUUAAGAGUCAACUGGAGUAUUUUAGUGCUGAUUUCUAUGUUAACAACUGUGAUAUACUUAACUUCUUCCUCCUCCAGCAAACACGAUAAAGGCCAAAAGAGAAAUGAACCUUUAAUUCUCCAUGCGAGUGACUUUGUAGCGGAAUUCAAGGAGUUUGCAGACAUUGACAUAGGUGCAAAGGCAGGAACGUCAGCGUGCGUUCAUCCAAAUGUACCGCUUUGGAAUGAUCAGAUUAAAUCUUUCUACAAACCUUGCGAACCUGCGAAAUGUACCAGUGAAGAAGACUGGGUAUAUACAGCCAAUGGAAAGUUCUACAUAUCUUCUAAGGCAGAACAAAAGUUUGGUGAAAUAAAUUGCGCUUAUAAGCCAGUUGUGUUUGAUCACAACGAUGACAGUAAAGUGUUAGAUGAAAUAAAUCCCAUGCAGAAUGGUAGUUUGUUGAAAUCAGAUGCGUUUAAAGUGUUAUGUAAAGCAAAAAAUGGAAAGACCUACUCAAAUAUUCAUGCAUGCAUUUCUCCUACAGCAAAACGGGACAAUGUAUUUGACAAUAAAACUAAAUACAAUGUGCUUAUGUACGGUUUUGAUUCAGUUUCAAGAAAUGUGUUCAAACGUUUUUUACCGAACACUCACGAAUAUUUUACGAAUGUUCUCGGAGGAAAAGUGUUGAAUGAAUACAACAUCGUCGGGGACGGAACGCCUCAGGCUUUGUUUCCUAUUUUGACAGGACGGAAAGAGACGGAAAUUCCCGAAGUUAGGCGAGGUCAUGACGAUGCAAAACAGGUAGAUGAAUUUUUGGAAUUUAUCUGGAAAAGGUUUGAAAAGCGAGGUUAUGUAACACAAUGGGGAGAAGAUAUGGCGGAGGUAGGAACAUUUACCUACAGGAUGCUCGGCUUUAAGAACAAACCAGUGAAUCAUUAUAUACGGCCAUUUUAUUUAGAGGUAGCUAAAUCGGUUAAAAUCAAACACUUUUGUCAUGGUUCAAAACGGAUUCAUGAAAUAUUCAUUAAUUGGUUAAAGGAAGGACUAAUAACAAACGUUGGGAGACCUUUUUUCACUUUCGGUUUCUUUUCGGGUUACUCACACAAUACAAAUGAUUGUGUGGGACUUUUAGAUGAAGAUAAUGUUGAUUUUUUAAAAUACAUGAACAGUCUGGGGUUAUUGAAAAACACAUUUGUAUUGCUCAUGAGCGAUCAUGGUGCAAGAUAUGGAAAUUUGAGACAAACAGAACAAGGAAAGCUCGAAGAAAGAAUGCCCUAUUUUGGUAUUUUUGUCCCACCCGAGUUCAGGAAAGAGCAUCCAAACAAAUACAUAGCCUUUCUUGAAAACACUAAGAAAUUGGUGACCCCAUUUGACAUAUAUGAAACAUUUAUGGAAAUAAAUGAGGAGAAAAAUGAGUACAAACCCACAGACAGAACGUCAUAUUCAUUGUUUUCCAAUAUUCCAAUGGAAAGAACGUGUCAAAGUGCUGGUAUUGAAGCCCACUGGUGCGCAUGCCUGGCUUGGAAAAACACUUCCGUGUCAGAAAACCACGUGAUUAACACUGCGCGCGAAUCUGUGAACAUGUUCAAUGAAAUGAUUGGUGAAUAUUCAAUCAUGUGUCAUAAAUUAGAUUUAAAGCACAUAACAAGGGCUAUAAAACUAGAAUCAAAUGAAAAUGUACUCAAAUUUAAGGAAAGCAAGGAUAUUGACGGGCGAAUAGCAGAUAUGUCUGCCAAAACAAAGCCCUUGCAAGCCUUCUAUCAAAUCACUAUGGAAACGACCCCAGGAAAUGGUCUUUUUGAAGUGACGUCAUCAGUUGAUCUGCAAUCAGGUCAAGUUUUUAUAUCAAAAGAAGACAUCAGCAGAAUAAACAAAUACUAUGAUGCACCGAAGUGUAUUGUUAAGAGAAAGCCCGAGUUACGACCAUAUUGUGUGUGUAAAGAGAACAUUUAAAUAGCAAUAUCUUUCACUUUUAACAAUAUCUAUAUUUUGUUAUUUUUAGCAAUACUUUGCUGUUACUAUUUACAUAAUUGGCAAAUUAUCAGUAUGCUUCAGUUUUGACAUUUAACUUCAUUACAUUUAGGAAUUAUUUGAAUUUGUAUGUUCAUGUAAUUACAAUUUUACAUCAAAACAUUUAUACCAGGCCAAGCGUUUUC